AUGUCGGAGCGAAAAGUUUUAAAUAAAUACUACCCGCCAGACUUUGACCCCUCGAAGAUCCCCAAGCUCAAGCUCCCCAAAGACCGGCAGUACGUGGUGCGGCUGAUGGCACCCUUCAACAUGCGAUGUAAGACGUGCGGAGAAUACAUCUACAAGGGCAAGAAGUUCAACGCUCGCAAAGAAACCGUGCAGAAUGAGGUGUACCUGGGCCUGCCCAUCUUCCGCUUCUACAUCAAGUGCACGCGCUGCCUGGCGGAGAUCACCUUCAAGACCGACCCUGAGAACACAGACUACACCAUGGAGCACGGAGCCACACGCAACUUCCAGGCGGAGAAGCUCCUGGAGGAAGAGGAGAAGCGGGUGCAGAAGGAGCGGGAGGAUGAAGAGCUCAACAACCCCAUGAAGGUGCUGGAGAACCGCACCAAGGACUCGAAGCUGGAGAUGGAGGUGCUGGAGAACCUGCAGGAGCUCAAGGACCUGAACCAGCGGCAGGCGCACGUGGACUUCGAGGCCAUGCUGCGUCAGCACCGCCUGUCGGAGGAGGAGCGGCGGCAGCGGGAGCAGGAGGAGGACGAGCGGGAAGCGGCGGCCCUGGUGGACGAAGCCAGGAAACAGCGGCUGCUAGAGGACUCCGACUCAGAGGACGAGGCUGCUCCUGCCCCGCGUCGGCCGGCCCCCCGGCCCAACCCCACUGCCAUCCUGGAGGAGGCCCCAAAGGCCAAGAGGAGAGUGGAGAGCUGGGAGCGGAGCGUGGGCACCAUGAGCAGCAGGUCUCAACUAGCGGGCCUGGUGGUGAGGAAGACUGGAGUGGACAGUGCUGCCCAGCAGGACCAGAAGGCGCCAGCUCCCGGUGCCCCAGCCAACGGGAAGGCGGCUGACCCUGCUCCCCAGCCCGCCGGCGUCUCCUCCCUGAGCCAGCUGGGCGCCUACUCGGACAGCGAGGACAGCAGCUCGAGCAGCUGA